AGGUAUUAACUAUUAACAAUUUAUUUGUGAAGUGCAUCUACUAUAUAGCUGGUCAAAGUACUAAUAGUUCAUUUUAUUGUGUACUCUACUGUUGUAUGUUUAUAUAUUACCUAAAAUCACUAAGGUUAUUUCAUUGUUAAAAAAUUGUAUUAUUCUACAAAUCACAUUUGUUAUUGUUAAAUAAUUAUUGUAUUUCCACAUGUCUUCUGCAACUUUUGGCCAAAAAAGUUUUCAACCUACACCUCCUGAAAAGGGCAGUUUUCCGUUAGAUCACCAAGGCCAGUGUAAAAAAACUGCUUACAAAUAUAUGUUUUGUUUGAGUGUGAACAGCGGAGACAACUCACAGUGUCGUCAAGAGGCCAAAGAUUAUUUGGAUUGCCGUAUGCAAAACGAUUUGAUGGCUAAAGAAGAAUGGACUAAACUUGGAUUGGCUGACGUCAAAAAUACCAACGACAGUACCUAAUACAACUCAA